CCCGCCUUUUCGUCACGGCGCGGCGGAAGUUUCGAUUCUAACCUAGCAUCACCGGUCUAACUCUAUGAGACGCCUUCUGUCUUCACUCCCACGCUUCUCAGGAGGGCCUUCCAUUCCCCUCAAUUGUCAUUUUCAGAGUUGCUUUACUUUCUCUUGGUAAAAUCUAUAGAACUAUCGUACGUGAGGAAUAGUGCUGACUGAAACACAGGCGCAUAGGCAGACAGCCCUGCAUUCCCAGUGACGUCACCCGGGAGCGCCGACGGGAGAAGGACCCUUUCGUUCCGCAUAUUAGGGUCCUUGAAGACUCGCGUGCUGGCCCCGCCUCCGGACGCCGCCCUCCGGAAGGAAGUGGGGAAGGAGACGCGUGCGCGUGCGCGGCAGUAUGGAGCUAGUCUGCGGCUGCUACGAGCAGGUUCUUUUCGGGUUCACGGUGCACAGGGAGCCCGGCCGGAGCGGCCAGAGCGAGAAAUGGUCCCCCGUAGCUGACUUUACCCACCAUGGCCAUGCUGCCUCCUUGUCAGCAGUGGCUGUAAAUAACCGUUUCGUGGUUACUGGAAGCAAAGAUGAAACAAUUCACAUCUAUGAUAUGAAAAAAAAGGUGGAACAUGGAGCAUUGAUGCAUCAUAAUGGCACAAUAAAUUGCCUGAAAUUUUUUGGUAAUGGGCACUUAAUUAGUGGAGGAGAAGAUGGACUAAUUUGUGUUUGGGAUGCAAAGAGAUGGGACUGCUUGAAGUCUAUUAAAGCACAUAAGGGACAUGUGACUUCCCUUUCUGUUCAUCCAUCUGGCAAAUUAGCACUGUCAGUGGGAACAGACAAGACAUUACGAACAUGGAAUCUUAUUGAAGGAAGAUCGGCAUUCAUAAAAAAUAUAAAACAAAAUGCUCACAUAGUUGAAUGGUCCCCUAGUGGAGAGAAGUACAUAGUUGUCACAAUAAACAAGAUAGACAUCUACCAACUUGAAACUGCAUCCAUUAUUGGUACCAUCACUACUGCAAAGAGAAUUUCUUCUGUUACAUUUAUUUCAGGUUCCAUACUUGCUGUGGCUGGAGAUGAAGAAAUUGUAAGGUUGUUUGAUUGUGAUUCACUAAAAUGUCUCUGUGAAUUUAAGGCUCAUGAAAACAGAGUAAAAGACAUUUGCAGCUUUGAAGUCCCAGAGCAUCAUGUUAUUGUUACAGCAUCGAGUGAUGGCUUCAUCAAAAUGUGGAGGCAUAAUCCAGCUAAGACUCCCCCAUCUUUACUAUGUGAAGUAAACACUAAAGCCAGACUCACCUGCCUUGGAGUAUGGCUAGACAGCGUUACAGACACCAAAGACCAGCUUCCUACAGCUGCAGCCCCUUCUCCUGUAAGCAAAGAAGAACAAGAGUUCAAAACUAGCCCCCCAAAGUCUGAUGAUUCAGCAGGAAAACAACAAUCCAAGAAAUUUGGUUGGACUAAGGAUAAUAAAAAACCAACAAAAGCAGAAAAUGUAGUGUCUGUCAAGAAAAGAAAAUUGGAAGGUAUACUAGAAAAGAAGAAAAAAAAGAAAGUACAAAUCACUGAAUAAAUCUUUGAAAAUUCAAGAAGUCUUUGUAAUGAAAUCAUUAUUUCUCAAUUUUCUCCUAAUUAUUUUUGUUUUUGAGUAAAAGUAAGGAAUUUCUACAUAUGAGAAAUUCAUAUGGCACAUAUACAAAAGCUUCUUGUAUUCUAGAGGCCUUAGUGUGUUAAGUGUAUAUAAUAUGGUAACAUAAAAUAUGUAAUAUUUUUGUUAUGUAAAGUAAAUAAUGUUUGAAUUUACAAUCUUUUCAGAAGUCCUAACCCUAUUCUUUUCAAGUUCAAAUGUAGAAUAAAUAGAGAUGGAGAUUAUCAGUGUGGUGAGAAAUCAAGUGAAAAAAUAUUUUUUAAAAGUUGUAAAAUUAUUGGGGCAGCUAGGUAGUGCAGUGGAUAGAG